AAUACACGUAAAUAAUCGUAUUGAAACCCGCGAGGAAAAUAUUCCAUUGCUGCUAGCACGUAGCUAGCUAGCUAUUUGUUUUGAUUUCUCGGGCUUGUGUAUUUUCAAAUAAUAACUCAGUCAUUACUGUUCCGUUUGUACAAAUAACUAGCAACUUAACCGAAGGAAAGCAGCUGCAUCCGCACCGUGAAUCAUUGAUUUGUGAGCAACUAAUUUAUCUAAAGGCUAAUGUUAGCUACAGUAGAUAGCUAAUCAUUCCAUCUAGCUAGUCAGUUGUUAUUUGUCACAUCAAACGUGCUUGCAACUGCGUUAGCUAGCAAAGUAGAUGAUUUUCAAUUUACCAGGCUAUCAAAUCGUGUGAAAACUCUCGAGUAGGUGCUCGUGCGUCGAGAAGCUAUCGCGUUUGAUAACACGACUUUUCCGCAAAUAGCUAGAUCAAGGCCAACGACCUUGCUGUGAUGUAAACUUGCAGAACACCUUUGCUUGUUUUGAUUUACAUAUAGUCGUUUUAAUGGGGAAAAGGAAAGACAUGAUCCACCCAAGGUUUCUUUUAGGUGAUGGAGACCACCUGGGGUUACACAGCCUCCAUAGGAGGAAACACAAGAAGCAUAAGAAGCACAAGAAGAAGCAUCACCGUGACGACGGGCACAGCUCCUACUCCGAGGCCCUGGAGUCAUCUUCUGGCAUCCUGAUCAAGCCCCCCACGCAGCUCCGACUCAAGCCCCCGCAGCUCCGACUCAAGCCCCCUACGCAGCUCCGACUCAAGCCCCCACAGCUUCGACUCAAGAUCAAACUGGGAGGCCAAACGCUGGGGACCAAAAGUGUGCCAACAUUCAGUGUGGUCCCUGGUGUAGCCCGCUCCCCGUCUCCUCUGAUGAUCGUGGACGAUGAUGACGACUCGGAUGAUGAUGACGAUGAGGAGCCUUCUGAGGGCGUCCCACUCGAGCAGUACCGGGCCUGGCUUGAUGAGGACAGUAACCUGGACCCGUCUCCUCUGCCAGACAUGGACUCUGACUCCCUGGGGGGACUGGGGGGGCCGGUGGACGAGGAGGAGAAGUGGCUGGACGCCCUGGAGAAAGGAGAGCUGGACGACAACGGAGAGCUGAAGAAGGAGGUCGAUGAGUCACUGCUCACAGCCAGACAGAAAGCCCUCCUGCAUAAGCAACAGAACCAGCCUCUCCUGGAGCUGCCCAUGGGCUACAAGGAGAAGGAGAUGACCGCUGAGAUGAUGCAGAAGAGGGAGGAGCGUGCCCGCAAGAGGCGCCUGCAGGCGGCCAAGAAGGCAGAGGAGAACAAGAACCAGACCAUUGAGAGGCUCACCAAGACCUCGAAGGCCAAGAUCAAGAGCAUGAGGGAACGCAAGUCCAAGCAGGCCCAGUGUCCCAUGGUCCGCUACUGCGACUCGGCCCAGGGAAUGGGGAUUUCCUUUCCCAAGGGGGUGCUAGCCCCCACCCCUGCCCCCCCGUGCCCCCCUCCACCGGCACCGGUAGGGUGCGGAGUAAACGGGUGCAGUAAUCUGAAGAGGUACUCGUGCUCCAAGACGGGGAUCCCUCUCUGUAGUCUGGAGUGCUACAAGAAGAAUCUGGUCCUUGUUGUGGAGAGCGCCACUUGAACUUGACCUCUUUGGAAGGUUUUGGCUUGCUGGCCAUACAGACUCUAGGGCUAAAUCAAAGGACAAGGUGGAUAUUUUUUAUUUAGCAGAUUAUAAAAAUGCUUUUUUUUUCUUGAUAUGUCCAGUAAUUGGUCAUUUCCUCUGCAUUUCUGGUGGCAAACUAAUGACAUAAUUAUGUGUACUUACAAAAGAGAUGAAUGUUGUUCAAAUCAAUGCAUCAGUUAGUCAGUCAAAUUUAGCCCUGAUAACACGCAUCAUAAUAAUGGAGGCUACAGCCACAUUAGCCAGUUUGUAUUUCAUUUCUAGAUCCUCUGUUUGUGGAAAUCCACGUGAUGUAGAUUGUAUAAGAAUUUAACAAGGUAACCUUGUUUUGUGAAAUGAAUCAGCUGAAGUAAAUCAGCUUUUUCCUAAAAUUACAGUGCUCUUUUGCCUGUUGAUCAUGAAGGACUUUCAUUUGUGUAAAUAUAUCGUUAAUGGUUUUGUAUUCAUUUAGGAAGCUGUAAAGCACUGUAUAGCAUCAUGUUAACAUGUUACACACUGUUUGAUAAAUUGAGAAAAUUACCCCA